AUGAGUUUCCGUAAGGAGAUCAGGGACUCCGCCUCGGGCAAGCUGCCGGACAUUCAUAGGGCUACCUGGAAGGCCAAGCACCGUGUCUUUAAGGAGGCUACUAGGAAGGCCGCUAUUCAGGAGACCGAAAUGGAAAAUAUGCGGAGGAGGAUUAAGGCCACCCUGUCCAACCCACGCGGCUUGUGGACAUGGCUGCGUGGGGGAAAACCGCCUGAUUGCUGGAUCUCAGAUAUUAAUGCUUUUACCGAGCAUUUUUCCAAGGUGCUUAAUGGUGCGGGAAACGCGAGGCAAGGCUGCAACGAGGGUAUCCAGUUUAAAUGGCAGGAUGAGGACCGGGUGAUGCACCGACAGGAAUUAGUUGCUUGGCUUAACAAGGAUUUUACGGAGGGCGAAAUUGUUAGCGGUCUCAAGGCUAUGCGCAACAUAGCCUGUCCGCGGGCCUGGAGGGAACCCCGGCCGAGUAUUAUAGGGUCUCCACUUCCGCAGGCUUUCUGUUUGAAAGCUGCACGAGUGCGCGGCCUCAGCUCUAACGAGGCUGCGACGUACGUGAGGCGCCUUAGCACAGUAUUGUGCACGGCUUUCUGUUUGAAAGCUGCACGAGUGCGCGGCCUCAGCUCUAACGAGGCUGCGACGUACGUGAGGCGCCUUAGCACAGUAUUGUGCACGGCUUUCUGUUUGAAAGCUGCACGAGUGCGCGGCCUCAGCUCUAACGAGGCUGCGACGUACGUGAGGCGCCUUAGCACAGUAUUGUGCACGGCUUUCUGUUUGAAAGCUGCACGAGUGCGCGGCCUCAGCUCUAACGAGGCUGCGACGUACGUGAGGCGCCUUAGCACAGUAUUGUGCACGGCUUUCUGUUUGAAAGCUGCACGAGUGCGCGGCCUCAGCUCUAACGAGGCUGCGACGUACGUGAGGCGCCUUAGCACAGUAUUGUGCACGCUAAGUCUGGGCCGCAAGCUUGGGGGGUAA